AUGAUUCCCUUUUCAUUUGUUUGUUCAUUUAUAGUCACUCCUAAUAUUCCAUUGAAUGCACGUUGGGCACAGAAUGGUACAACUGUUUCUGGAGGUAACGGGCAAGGCAGUGGCACCAAUCAACUCCGCAAACCUCACGGUUUCUUCGUUGAUGAUGAUCAAACGAUGGUCAUCGCUGACUACGACAAUAAUCGUAUCAUCCAAAGGAAAAUGGGUGACACGAAUGGACAAGUAGUAGCUGGCGGCCAUGAUCAAGGAAAUCGAUUGGAUCAAUUGAAUCGACCAACUGAUGUGUUAAUCGACAAAGAGACCGAUAGUCUCAUUAUCUGCGAUCGAUGGAAUCGACGAGUCGUACGUUGGUCUCGUCGUAGUGGCACCACUCAAGGAGAAAUCUUCAUCGACAACAUCGCUUGUCGUGGAUUGGCCAUGGAUGAUCAGAGAUGUCUCUACGUCUCUGACGUCGAAAAAAAAGAAGUCAGACGAUAUCAAAUGGGUGACAAGAAUGGAACUCUCGUGGCUGGUGGCCAUGGAGAAGGUGCUGGUCUCAAUCAACUGAAGACGCCCGGAUACAUAUUUGUCGAUCGAGAACAGGCUGUCUACGUGUCAGAUCUCUCCAAUCAUCGUGUGAUGAAAUGGAAUAAAGGUGCAACAGAAGGGAUUGUCGUCGCUGGAGGUAAUGGCGAAGGGAAAGCUCUGUCACAAUUGUGGCGUCCUCGCGGACUGUUCGUCGACGCGUUGGGUACCCUCUAUGUGGCAGACUCGGAGAACUGCGGAGUAAUGCGUUGGCCUAAAGGAGCGAAACAGGGCACUGUUAUUGCGGGUGGAAACGGUAAAGGAGAAGGAGAAAAUCAGUUCAAGUAUCUCAGGAGUUUGUCCUUCGAUCGUCAUGGCAAUCUCUAUGUCGUCGAUAUCGAAAAUAAUCGAGUUCAACGCUUUUCCUAUCGUAUAGACUCAUAA